AUGAGCCUGGAGCCUGUCAUCUGGUGUAUUGAGUAUGGCCUGGAUCGAGGAGAUCCUUUCACUAGAUCCUGUCCGCAAGCGGAGCCCUUCUCAGACUGGUAUGGCGCCGCCUCGGCUCUGGCUCUGCUGGCACAGUGGUUUCUGACACUGGACCUUUCAAUCUUCUCUACAAGGGUGUCUGCUUUUGUGUUGGCAUGCAAGCAGCUGCUUUCAGAAGCUGCCCUCACAGUGGGGGCAAUAUGCUUUACGGUGCUUGCUUUCUCUACAGCAAUUAAUGCGUUGGACCGGCAAGUGCCCCAAGUGGAUGGCGUUCAGGGUUGGACCCUGACCUUGUUGCAGCUGGCUCUAGACAUCCUUCCAGAAACGACGUGGCAGAACUUGCAGUCGGACGUUGUGAUUCAGAUAAUGGUUGGUGCGUUUGGCAGCCUGAUUUUUGUGUUCAUUUUGAAUCUUUUGGUGGCUCAGAUGGCGGAGUCUUACGGGCGAGUCUUCGUAAGCCUGCAGGGUUGCGCGCGAUUAAGCCGCGCAUCCAUGGUGGCAACGAUGGCAGGCAGCAUACCAAGAAGGCGCUGGUCCGCCUUCCUGCUAAGCCUUCACUUGGAGGAACCACUGGAGUUCAAUGAGGGUGACAUUGGUCCAGCUGGUGGCGUGCGGGUCCUCGAGCCAGCAACAGCGCACCAGGUUCUGGAGGAUCCAAUCCUCCGCUUUGGUGGUUCCACAGCUCCGGAAUCACCCUGGCCAGAACCAGACGAAGAUCAG